GUAAGUGGGGGCGUGAUCUCAGCAAAAACCGGAAACGGAAGCUUUCGUGUCGCGUCGUCACCUCGAAGAUCUCUGCCUGUUUUCAGGCCUUCAGGAGGAGGGCAGAGCAGCGCAAUGAGCCAUUAGCUGCUCUCAAGCGUGCCUCAUAGAUUUAGACUUUGGACUCCUGGUUUCUCCAUCAGCAGACAUCAUGACAUCCUCAAUGCUUCGCAGACAACUGAAGAACCUGGUCCAGAACUAUUCUGAGGCCGAGGUUAAGGUUCGAGAAGCCACCUCCAACGACCCCUGGGGGCCCUCCAGCUCACAGAUGGCCGACAUCUCCGACCUGACCUACAACGUGGUGGCCUGCAAUGAGAUCAUGACCAUGCUGUGGAAACGUUUAAAGGACGACAAGAACUGGAGGCACAUCCACAAGUCGCUGACCCUGCUGGAGUACUUGCUGAAGACUGGAGACGACCGCGUGCUCCUGAAAAUGAAGGACAACGUCUACAUCGUCAAAGCCCUCACAGAGUAUCGCUUUGUGGAGAAAGAUGGCAAAGAUCAGGGUUCAAAUGUGAGAGAGAAGGCCAAGGUGGUUCUUGUUCUCAUGGAGGAUGAUGAGAAACUAAAAGAAGAAAGAGACUUUGCUGUAAAGACCAGAGAGAAGACAUCUAAAGGUGCUGCAGCCUCAUCGUCAGACACCGUCAUGGAUCCUAACUACAAGCCGUGUUACGUUGUCGGAUCCUCGGGUCUUCCAUCCCUAGACAACAUUCCCUCAGUGGCCGACCUGACUGCUUCCUUUGCCGCCCGCAAGGAGGAACGCAUCAAACAAGAAGUGCAAAAGAAAGAGACUGAGAGGAGGGCAAAAUUGUCCGAUGAUGAGCUCAAGUGGGAGGAUGCAGGAAAAGGAGAAGGUGAUGUCCAAGACGCCUGGGGGGGAAACAAGAAGAAGGAGGAGGAGGUCAAAACAGAGCCCUGGGGGGCGCCAAAGGAAGCCACUGAUCCUUGGGGCGCAACUUCCAGACCCGACGCAUCCGUAGCUGGUUCUGCUAAAACUGAUAAGAAUUCUUUUGACUUUUCAUCAAAGAACGGAGACGCUCUUAAGGACAAGCCAGACCCAUUUACCGUUUCACCCGAAAGAGGCGAUCCAUUUGUGGCCCAAAAUGAUUCCACGGCAAAAAAAAUGUCACCAAAUGACGAAGAAGAUAUAUCGGCUACUCCCGAAAAUGAAACGCAUCCAUUCAGUUCAUCUAACAGCGACCCAUUUAUUGCCCCCAAAGACGACCCAUUCAAUGCCCACAAAGAAGACCCAUUCAACGCCCCUAAAGACGACCCAUUCAACGCCCCUAAAGACGACCCAUUCAACGCCCCUAAAGACGACCCAUUCAACGCCCCCAAAGACGACCCAUUCAACACCCCUGAAGACGACCCAUUCAACGCCUCUAAAGACGACUCGUUCAACGCCCCCAAAGACGACCCGUUCAACGUCCCCAAAGACGACCCGUUCAACGUCCCCAAAGACGACCCAUUCAACGCCCCCAAAGACGACCCAUUCAAAGCCCCCAAAGACGACCCCUUUAACGCCCCCAAAGACGACCCCUUUAACGCCCCCAAAGACGACCCCUUCAACGCCUCUAAAGACGACCCCUUCAACGCCCCCAAAGACGACCCCUUCAACGCCCCCAAAGACGACCCCUUCAACUCCCCCAAAGACGACCCCUUCAUCUCCCCCAAAGACGACCCCUUCAACUCCCCCAAAGACGACCCCUUCAACGCCCUUAAAGAUGACCCCUUUAACACCCAUAAAGACGACCCCUUCGGUGCUCCCGAAGACGACCCCUUCGGCUCCCCCAAAGAUGACCCCUUCAGCACCCCUAAAGACGACCCGUUUAAUGCUCCCAAAGAUGAUCCACUCAAAUCCCCUGGAGAUGACCCGUUCAACGUCCCCAAAGAUGACCCAUUUGAUUCCCCUAAAGACGACCCGUUUAAUGCCCCUAAAGACGACCCAUUCAGUACCCCUAAAAACGGCGACAAGUUUAGUGCCCUGAAAGACGACUCAUUUAGUACCCCAAAAGAUGACCGGUUUAACACCCAGGAAAACAACGACCCCAAAGCUGACCCUUUCAGCGCCCCUGAAGAUGGCGACCCAUUUAGCACACCUAAAGAAAAAGCCCCCUCAAAAGAAAACGUUUUGUCAGCAACUUGUGCGGAUGCUGAAGAGUCGCCCCCCUGUAAGGACGAGCCUUUUUCUGCCCCUGCUAAAGAGUACCCCUUUGCAGUCCAGUCUGACGCAUCGUCAGACCCCUUCAUUGCCCCUCCACUGAGCUCGCCCCAAGGCGGGGGAGACAUGUGGGGUACCCCUCCAUGCUCUGCACCCACCCCUGGCUCGGAUCCUUGGGGGACUGGACCGAGCGCUUCUUCACCUGUUGAUGGUGGCAAUCCGUUCGGGGACGGUGCUACCAAGGCAGACAAUGACCCAUGGGGGGGCGCAGGUCCUGAUGACGCUUGGGGGGCGUCUUCCCCCCCAGCAAACGACCCAUUUGGAGACGGCGCCUGUAAUGCCAAAGGAGGUGCAGAAAAAACCUUCUAGAGUCCAAUGGAGCAUUGUUUGCUGCGCCACAGGAUGUGUUCAUAAAGACUGCUUUUUUUUUUUGGGGGGG